AUGCAGCCUCCCGGCCUCAUCACGCUGCUCGGCAUGCUCAACUUCCACAUCUGGUACCACACCGUUCCCGCCAUCGUCGACAAGCUGUCCCAGACGACCUACGGCACCCACCUCCUCACCAUCAUAUACUGGCUCGAUGCGACUGUUCCGCCCCGCGUCAUGCUCCUUAUCCUCACCGGCCUGCUCAAGCUCUGCAUCGGAGGACCUCUCAGCUUCAAGCCCCACCCCUCGUGCUUCGAAGAUGCUAUGGUAACUUUAACCGAAUCCGUCCUCAACUGUGUCCCGCCUGCUCCGCCGUCGCCGUUCGUCGGCCUCGACUUUUCCUCCCCGAAACCUCGCCCAAGACGCUCGUCCACUCGCCCUCCUUCUCCCAAGAGUCGCUGCCGCCGCAUGAGCGGACAGCAGAAGGUUCCGCUCGAAUCGGAAGACGACACCUACGACCCCUUCACGUUCCCCUACACCUACGACCCCUCGCGCCCUCUGCCUCCCAUCUCUCUCCCGCCCGGCUUCCCUCUCCUGACGCGCGAAAUGUUGCUGCCGGCCGACUGGUUCCCCGCUGUCGACCCGGACACGCCUCGUCAAGAAAUGCCAGUCUGGGAUGGCGAAGGUCUCGACGACAUCCUCGACAAGCCUACCACGACUCUUUCGCCCGCGCCGACACCGGCACCUGUCGAGGCCGCCAAAAACGUCCAGCAAGUCGAGCCUGCCGAGCUUGAGACCGCUGAAUUCGACGAGUCGGACUCUGACGACUCGGACUACUCGGAUGCCGCGUCCAGUCUGCUCGAGGACUCCGACUGCCCCGACGGAUCCGAGACUAGCGACGACGGAGACGCGAGCGACGAAUGCGGCGAAUACGACGAUACCGACGACGAGGACUCGGAGGAAGAGUCUGAGCAGGACGACUCGGGUAACGAAUCGAGCCGUGAAGAAGACACCUCCGUUGCGAACGCCGAGGAUGCGACUACCGCGGAAACGGCUCAAGUCGCUGAUGCCGCACAAGCCCUCGAGGCUGCGGUCGCCGCGGACGAGAAGACGUCCGUCUCGACUGCGCAGACGGUACCCGACGACAAGGACACGUCUUCGUCAGACAUGGAGACGGACGAUUCCGACGCAUUGGCGGAGCCUUUCUCGGUCCCGCUCAAACGCACGGCCGCCGUACGGUGGCCCCAGACUUCCACCACCCGAGACUCGAACAGCCCCAAGAGCCCGCCUCGACGCAAGAAGCUUCGUCACUUCGCUCGCGGUAUCGGCAGCUUGCGCGACAAGCGAGGCAUCGAGGCCGUCCCGGGCGGCGAGUCCGACAUCGACGACUACAUUCACAAGCACGACAUCAUGUACCCCUUCUACGAGCCCUCCCGCAUCCGCAACGCCGACUCGGAGGUCGACGACGAACCCCGCCGACCCGCCCCGCGUCGCAAGAAGCGUUACCAGACGCUCGAGUGCUCGCGCCCGGCCUUCAAGCGGUCCCGCACCCGCGCCUACCGCGCCAGCUCCAUCGACACCGACAACUCUGAUGACGAAGACGAAGCCUGCGACUCAACCGCUCUUCAGCGUGUCUCUCGCGUUCAGUCCCUUUCCAUCGUCACCCGCCUCAAGACUCGUCUCUCCUUCCUCGCCGCCGCCCGCAAACGAUUCAACAGGUUCAUCAGCGUCACGCUCUACGGCAUCGCCGCGCCCGAAGCGACCACAGCGGACGAAGGCGACUCGGAUGGUCUCGACUCCUCCCUUGACGGCGAGACGGUAGGAGAGGCGAUCGCGCCUGAGACGACCCAGUUCACCUUCACGCCUCCGAACGAGCUGCCGAACAACCUCUCGAUUCCCGUCCUCAAUCAAGAUCCGCUGGACGCGCCGACCGCAUCCGAGUCGACCAUCUGUGCCGGCGCCGAGAACGACUUCAUCGCUUCUGAGCAGCUCGAACCACCUCACCUCGACUCGCCGAAAGAUGGCGAUCUCGAAGACGACUUGAUUGCGGCCGAGGAGGAGGACAACGCCUCGGACUGCUUUAGCCUUGGUAUCGACAGUCCCGCCGGCUUCCAGCCGCCCACUGCCGAUGAGGCAGAUGCGCGCUGGCGAAGACUUGGUCAACCUCCUGGGCUCUCGUCCUCUUCAGGCGCCGUCCCGCCAAACGCCGCUCGACUGCACCACCUGCGCUUGCCGACACGCCGCUUCACCGCCGUCGAUCUCGCGGGAGCAAGCGUCCGCGUACCAAUUAAUUAUCCGGACGUUGCUGGUGUCCGCGAGAAGCGCAAGUUUGAGGACGUCUCGCCGGAAGCUUCGCAUCAAGACUCGACAAGCCUCUACCGCUCGGCAUCCUUUGGGACGAAGAAGGCCGACUCGAAUCCGCAGACGCUCGAAGGCGGACUUCCUGCUCAGAAACGCCCUCGUCAUAUUGCCCCCGGACUCGCCGACAACACGACCGACAACUUCAGCUAUACAUACAUCCGAACCUCGCCUCGCCCGCUCGUGACGACACCCUUUUCCUCGCCUCGCACGAAGCGCCAUGCCGAGUGCCGUUUCCCUUCACGUACCCCUUCCUCCGUUGUCGCCGACCUCGACGCCAAACCCGCCUCUCCGUCUUCCACCUCUCCGCACACUGCCCGCCAGAUCGGCGAUUCGUGGAUCGGCAGCGCCGGGUUGAUGUUUAGAAUCGACCAGUAUGGGCAGCAGAGAAGGCUCGCUGAGGUCGUCGAUAUGCGGCAGGUGCACAAGAUGCGGACGGGUACGGACGAGUCGAUCGAGACGGCGACGUACAGGGUCCUUGUCGAGCGAUGGGUGACGGACGAAGAGUAUGCGGCUCUCUGCGUCGAGGGAAAACUCGCGUGGCAGGUUUUCGAGCGAGACCAGCAGGCUUCGCUGUGCGACAAGGAGAAUGAGGAGGACGAAUCUUGCACCCCGCCCGCGAGCUCGCCGUCGCUUCCGCUGUCGAACGAAGACUCGACUCGCCCGGCCGCAUCAGCCAUCUUCACGUUGCCUCAAACGAUCUGCCCCGAUACACUCGCGACCCCCUCCUUCGAGCCUUCUAUGGGCGCCGAGCUUUCCGACCUUUCCUUCGACUUCGUCCCAACAGCCGCGUCUUUCGCGGGCCAUGGAACGGCCGUCAUGGCCUCGUCGUCACCCGAAGCUUCCGCCUCGAACAUCGCGGCGGAUGAGCAGGUAUGGGUGCCGCCUCACUCCUUCGGCCUCGCCACAUGCGUCCAUGCCAAGACUCGGGCGCCGUCCUUCGCACCGUCCGUCGCCAUGACGCCUUUCCACCAUGGCUGGCCCGCUGUUGAUGGCGGAACGCGUUGCACGAGGUUGACGGCGAGGAUGCCUAGUUGA